GCGAGCGCUCCAAAGAGAAUCAAAAUGUCGGCCGCAAGGUUACUGGUACGUUCUGCUGUGAGAGCUUCUUCCUUCUCCCAGCGAGUGGUGGGCCGCCGUCAGACCGGUCUGGUCCCCCCGCUGAGCCGCAGCCUGGCGGCCGGAGGAAUUCCCACGGACGAGGAGCAAGCCACCGGCCUGGAGAAGAUCAUCAUGAAGGCCAUGAAGGAGGGCGCUGACCCGUACAGCAUGAUGAAGCCCAAGGAGUACGCCGGUUCAAAAGCGGACCCUCACCUGGUGCCCUCCAUCACCAACAAGAGGAUUGUGGGAUGUGUGUGCGAGGAAGACAACACGGCCGUGGUGUGGUUCUGGCUCCACGGGGGCGAGGCCCAGCGUUGUCCAUCGUGCGGGUCCCACUACAAACUGGUGGCGCACGAGCUUCCCCACUAGGACGGCCCGACGUCCGACUCCUGGUCUUCAGCCGCACGUUCUCGUCUCACUUCGCAUUCGGCUCUUCGGUUCCCAAUACUUGAUCCGCCUCGCUGA